AUGGCAAAUGUAGGCGGUCCAAGUCAAAACCACAGAAAACUGCUAACAAAAGUUACUGAAUCAGUUAUGAUGUACGCGGCCCCCGUCUGGGGUCAUGCACUGCAGCAAAAUUCCUACGUUAAGCUUGUAAACUCUGUUUUCCGUCUUAGUGCCCUUCGCGUUUGCAGUGCUUUCCGGAAAGUUUCGCAUGAUGCAGCCUGCGUCAUAACUGGUAUUAUGCCUGCCGAUUUAUUGGCUAACGAAAUCCAGCGUACCUAUAUGACGGCCCGAACAAAAGGUAACCCCUGUGAACACCAAAACGCUCCUGAACCCCUAAUCACAUUAGUGGAUGGAGGAUUAUGGAAAGGACGGUAUGACGUGGGGCAUGUUUAUGCCACGGCCUCACCCCGAU